CGCCGCUGACGCGGGGGGCGGGCGGGGAAGGGGAGCGAGAGCCCCGGCGGAACCCGCACAGCCCCCGCGCCCCGCGGGUCCGCCGUGCCGGAGCGCCGCGCACAGGACUAGAAGAAUAAAGAGAAGCUGAAUUGAUGAGAACUAUAAGAAAGCAUACAACAGUUUGGAAUGGAUUGAUUUAUGAUACGUCUGAUACGUGAGAGCUACAUUUCGUGUUCGCUAUUGUCCAGCUGCUGCUGGAGUACUUCAGCUGACUUCAUUGCAGCAAGCCCAAGAGAUAGGUCCUUAUCACCAACAGAGCAUAAACAAGUGUGAUGCUGAAAUGAGAUGAGGCUCCGAAAUGGAACUGUGGCCACCGUGUUAGUUUUCAUCACUACUUUCCUCAGUUUGUCCUGGUAUACUGCAUGGCAAAAUGGGAAAGAAAAGUUGAUUGCCUAUCAGCGGGAAUUUCAUGCUUUGAAGGAGCGUCUCCGUAUCGCCGAGCACCGCACUCUGCAGCGCUCUUCCGAGCUCAACGCCAUCCUGGAGCAGUUCAGGCGGGCAGUGGCAGAAACAAACGGCAGUAAGAAUGCAAUGAACAAUUUUUCAGAUGAGACGCUGAAAUUGUUAAAAGAGCUAACAAGUAGAAAAUCUCUUCAAGUGCCAAAUAUCUAUUACCAUUUGCCUCAUUUGUUGAAAAAUGAAGGAAGCCUUCAACCUUCUGUGCAGGUUGGCCUUGGAAGGACAGGAGUUUCCAUUGUAAUGGGAAUACCUACAGUGAAAAGAAAAGUCAAGUCUUACCUUACAGAAACUCUCCACUCCCUUAUUGAUAAGCUGUCCCCUGAAGAAAAACUGGAUUGUGUUAUGGUUGUCUUUAUAGGAGAGACUGAUCUUGAUUAUGUGAACAGUGUUGUUGCAAGCCUGGAAAGAGAGUUUUCCACAGAGAUCAAUUCUGGCUUGGUGGAAGUAAUAGCCCCUCCUGCAACUUAUUAUCCUGACUUGACAAACUUGAAAGAAACGUUUGGAGACUCAAAAGAGAGAGUGAGAUGGAGAACAAAACAAAACUUGGAUUAUUGUUUUCUUAUGAUGUAUGCCCAGAAAAAGGGGGUUUAUUACAUUCAGCUUGAAGAUGACAUCGUUGUCAAGCAGAAUUAUUUCAGCACAAUAAAAAAUUUUGCGCUUCAGCUCGCUUCUGAAGAUUGGAUGAUUCUAGAAUUUUCUCAGCUGGGUUUCAUUGGUAAAAUGUUCCAGUCUCCAGAUAUCACUCUUAUUGUAGAGUUCAUAUUUAUGUUUUAUAAGGAGAAACCUAUCGAUUGGCUCCUGGACCACAUCCUCUGGGUGAAAGUGUGUAACCCUGAGAAAGAUGCUAAACAUUGUGAUCGACAGAAAUCAAACCUACGGAUACGCUUCAGGCCUUCUCUUUUCCAGCAUGUUGGCCUCCACUCUUCUCUAGCAGGGAAGAUCCAGAAACUCACAGAUAAAGACUUCCUGAAACCAUUACUGCACAAAAUCCACGUGAAUCCACCUGCAGAGGUUUCGACAUCUUUAAAAGUCUACCAGGGGCAUACGCUAGAAAAAACCUACGUAGGGGAAGAUUUUUUCUGGGCUGUCACACCAGUUGCUGGAGAUUAUAUUCUCUUUAAAUUUGACAAGCCAGUCAAUGUAGAAAGGUACUUGUUUCACAGUGGCAAUCCAGAGCAUCCAGGAGACAUACUUCUAAACACAACUGUAGAAGUUUUGCCUUUUCAGAAUGAAGAACUGGUAUUAAGCAAAGAAACCAAAGACAAACGCUUAGAGGAUGGUUACUUCAGGAUAGGGAAGUUUGAAAACGGUGUAGCUGAAGGAACAGUUGACCCCAGCCUAAAUCCUAUUUCAUCAUUCCGGCUUUCAGUGAUACAAAAUUCAGCCGUUUGGGCAAUUCUGAAUGAGAUUCAUAUUAAAAAGAUUACAAACUGAUCACGGAAAUCUGCUUUAGAGGAAAAUGAAAGAAUCCUUGAAAACUCUUCCUAUAAAAUAUGACAUCCUUAACAAGUCACAAAUUGAAUAUACUGAGCAUGCACCUUAUUCCAAAUGUCAUUCUUUUUCACUUGAACUCUACCUCUUGUGAAACCUACUGUAGAUGAGAAGAUUGUAUUUACCCCUUCUUAUCUGAUCCAUCCAGAAACUGAUGCUCCACACUGAUAAUGUUCGUCCGAGGCCCAAGUUGUCCUCCACUGUAAUGUGACUUUACCACCUUAUGGUUACGGAACCCUGCUACACUUAACCUGUACUAUUUUGAUAGUAUAGUAAUAUAAAGUUGUACAUAUUGUUACAUUCCUUGAAGAAGAAAAAAAUAUAAUUAUUGUUAAAUAAGUUUUAUGAAGGGGGUACUUUCGGAGUUCCAUUUAUUUUCUAUAAAAAGAACCCUCUUUUAUAGACUGUCAGGGAUAUAUAUUAAAAAUGUUAGGGAUAUUUAAUUUAUUAAAAUAAUUUGAAAAGUACAUAUUUUUAUGCAGUAAAAUUUUAAAUUGAUAUAGUUUUUUUAUGAAUUCUCUAGUUUAAGUUAUCUUUCUACAUUUUCCUUUGGAGAUGCAAACAUAAAUUAAUACCAUAUUUCAAAUAUACUGCCAUGUUUAAAAAAACAAGAUUAAGUUUCUAAAUUAUGUAGUUUUAUACACAGAAUCUGAAUGAUGUUCAGAGACAUAAACAGAGUUCUGAAGAGUGUUAUUCUUUGGGGCUAUGAAAUUCCACUAUGUACAGUUUGUAGCCACAUGAAAAGCAUGUUGAAAUGUCUUGUUUCAUAUUAUGUACUAAAUCCGCAGUGAUUUUAGAUUGAAUCCAUUGCAUUUUAGAAGAAUUUUUUUUAAUUCCAAAUCAGUUCUUUCUAAAAAUAUUUGUAAACAUUUCCUAGGCUGAACAAAUUCAUUUUCUGUACUGAGAAAAAAUCAUUCUCCAGCUUUGCUUUGGAGUGACAAGAAGUUACCUUUUAUCAAAAGAAUGAACAGUAGAUACAUUUGAUCUACAGAGUUCUCCUUUUAAAAAGUUCUGUUAUUGCAGUGUUUAUUUUGGAUACAUUAGCGAGUAGUUACAUUUUAUUUUCUUCCUUUGUUCAAGAACCAGGUCUUAGUUUGACUCCUUUAUGGAUCAGUAUGGUAAUUCGCACUAACUUUAUAGCAGGAACUAAAUUUGGCCUCAAGUUUGUACCCUGCCUUUUCGUUCCAAGGGAAACAGCAGCAAUCCUAAAUUAAUCAGAAAUUCGGUCAGGGACAGAAUGUGGUUUGGAUUACAUCCAGAGUGGAAUUGUUGCAGUACUAAUGCUACUACUUUACUGAACASCUUCUGCUUAGGUGCUUAUAGGUCCUUAGGUGUAAGGACUCAGGCACAGGAAGAUUUCAGUUAGUCAGAAAUGGCCAGGAGAAAGAGAGGCAGGAAUUCCUUCCUUUAAUAGGAAUGAAAUGCCUGAUUGACAUUGGAGGGAGGCAUCCACCCUGGCUUGGGGAUUCUCAGUUGUGCUGUGAAGCAGACAUCUCCAAAGCUGGCCAGCUUUCCYCGUGGAAAAAACCCACACUCUACUAUCCCUGACAUAGAAUCAUAGAAUCAAUUAAGUUGGAAAAGACCUUUAAUGUCUUUGUGAUCAGGGCACAGAUGCACAAAAUCUGUUGCUGGUUCCCCGACCUAGAGCAGGGAUCUUGAAUUUGAACUUUCACAUCAAAGUUCAGCUGACAGAUUUGGCCUCUCUUUCAUGAUAUCUUUAUAAGGAGCAGGARCCUAAACCUGACUCUCCAGCACUGCAAGCCCUCACCACUAGCUUAUAGAGUCAACCUGUCCUCUCUUCUGCCUUGCUGGAGAAUUGUGAUGUAGCUUUGACACUUCACCAGUAUUCAAGUUGAAGAACUUAACUACUUCUACAGGCUGUUGUUGUUUUGGUUUAGCUAUGCUGUCCAGGGACACAGGGAAGACAAGAUUUUUAUGCAGAGGKAAGACCUGUUUAGACUGACUGGUGUAAGUUCAAGAAAAGUUAGAUACCAGGCAGACAUUGUUUACUUUUCCUGUUUGAAUCAGGUGGUGUAAAUAAAAUGUUACUUGGAGAGCUUGUAUUGCCCGUAGAGACUGUGGGCAUCAGGUAAGCACCAGUCACACAAAUGGAGUUUAUUCUUGGAUUUAGGAAUGUGGAUGACCAGGYUCUGAAUCCUGUGUGACUCCAGCCUGUUGUGCUGGUACAGCCCUGUUUGUUUCCUGUAUAAUGCUCUGCUAUCAAAUUACCAAUAUGCCAUGGGUUUUUAUCACACAUUAACUAGCAAAGGUCUGAGAAAGUAUUUAGGUUUUCUUCUCAGCUGCAUCUGUGAACAAAUGAUGCAAAUUAUUUAAACUAGGGUUAUUUAUUACAAUUCAGAGUGCAGAAUUCUAUAUGUUAGAUACUGCAGUUUCUUUAAUUUGUUUUGCUGACAGUGACCUUUUCCAUUUUUUCCAUAAGUCCAGAAUUUUACUGGUAGCACUUAUUUAAGAAAGCUGUGUGCUUAUUCUCAAAGCAUCACUGUUCCUGAUGUUUCACAGUAGUUAAGAUGAAUCAUUGCUAAUAUAUUAAAUACAUAGAACCCCUAUCAUUGAUUGCAAGACUCUGGUUAGUAGUAUAUUUAGUUUUCAAAAAUGUUGAGAAGAAAUUUAUCCAAGACCACAAAUGAACUAGUGUGUGGUAAAAUGUGGGUUGUYUUCUAAAGAUUGGUGCAUUUUUAUUACAUUGUAGUAGCAGGAGUUGAAAAUACUCUGGGCUGCUUUAGUACUUUCAGUGUUCCUGAGCUUAGAGGCUCGCUAGAUAAAUGUGCCACAUUAAUACAAAUUAUAUUUCACAGAUGCAGGUAAAUUCAAGAGCUGGUGUAAUCAGGUAGUUCUGCAAAUUUGCUUGGAAAUUUUAUUGAGAAAUAGAAAAAGCAAGGAAAAUAUUUUCUAUCUUAAUUAUUUCUGCAGACAGCUAUUUUGGGCCUUGUACCUUUAAAUAACAAUUCUUGAGUCAAGCUAAAGUGGUGCAAGUGUACUUCCUGCAAGUCUGAUGAAGUAACAGUUGGGCUGUUUGGCUCAUCAGCCUUCAGCUUGGGCACUCUUUGUGACUGGGUCUACACCAGUGGGGCCAGUGUCUYGUGCACGUCUCCAUUUUCAGUGACAGUAUUACCAGAUCUUAAACAGCAUCCUAAACCUAUUACCUGUUUUUGGGGAGUUUUUCCCUACAUGUAUUCAAUUUCAAUUUAUUUUUCUUGUGGCCUUAAAAAUCCCCUCUAGGCUGCUGAAUCUUAGAGUUAUCCAAUAAUGGAAAAUAUUUAAAAAUGAACUGCACUAUCCUAUGCUCCUGUUAGCUCCUUCCAAUGCUGUUCAAGAUUCAGAAUAGCCCACUUGCGUGAAACCAAAGGCAUGGCCAGAAACCUUCAUUAUCUGGGCAAAUUAUUCYUAACUUCUUAUACUGGAUGCCAAACAGACUGGCUGAUGCAAACACUGGCUUUUCUGAGUUGAUCAGGAUUGCUUGGGACCAAGAAAACACAAGACUGUCAGUAUAAUCUUGUUUUGCUCACUCAGUGGGUCAUCUUGCUGAAAACUUUGUAAAUAAUGUGAACAGAAUGUGAUAAUUAAAAAGUGUUUCUAAAGCACUGUAUAAGGCUUUGAGCUUUUGCGGGCAUCUCAACCACAUGUUUUCAUUAAUGGAAAAAUUUCUUAUAUAUUUUUUUUUCUGUACUUAAAGAUGGCUUAGAAAAAUUCAGAUAGAUGUGAUUAAUGGACCAAGAAAAGACUGGAGUCUUCUAUCCUAUCAGUGCUUGUCUAGCUGUUUCAAGGCAGUUUUUAAAUACCUUGAGUCAGUUUGGAGCAAAGCAAUUUAUACUUUGCCCAUGUGAAACAGUUCCCUGAAUGAGUUGAAGUGUAAUUAGUCUUUGGAAAAAUUGAACAACUGUGUAACAGUUUCCUUUUUUUUUGUUUUCAAAUACAUUAUAAUUUCAGUAAUCUCUGUAUUUUGUUGGAAAUACUUGCUACAGAUGAAGUAUCAUAGUAAUUUGUAGUUUUCCUCCAACUUGUAAAGUAUUUUAGUCUUGUGGGGGAAAAGAAGAAUGAAAUAUUUUCAAACCUUGCUUCUGUAAAAUACAUGAACCCAAGGUUCUAUAUUUAUUCUUACUCGGAAGCAUGCAUUGUGAAAAAGCUAGAACAAGUAACUGUAGCUAGAAAGAGGAAAAAAAAUUCCUUGUGUAUUUAAAUCAUCUUUACAAUCACCAGCAUAAGGCUGAAAAGCUAUUAAACAACUGRUGUUUUCAGGCUAGCAUUGAUUGCUGAUGUAAAACACAUCCCAUGGAGACUUGGUGAAUUAGUCCUUGAGUGUCACUUUUCUGACCUUAAUGGUCUCUGAAGGGUAUUGCUAAUU